AUGAGCUACAUCGCCCGCCGUGGUCUCUCGACCCUGAUCCCUCCCAAGGCUAUCGGUGCCGCCCAGGAUGCUGCUCGCAUGGAGCGCGUUGUGAACUUCUACGCCGGUUUGCCCCGUGGCCCUGCUCCUCAGGUCAAGGCCACUGGUCUCCUCGGUCGUUACCAGGCCCGCUUCUUCAACAAGAACUCCGGUGCUCCCCUCGCCCACGCCAUUGCCGGUAUCCUGAUCAUGGGCUACAGCAUGGAGUACUACUUCCACCUCCGUCACCACAAGAACCACCCUCACUAAACUUGUUUCCCUUUGAAUG